AAAAACCGCAUAUAUUUUCGGAAAACCUUAGCUUUCACUCAUUGUUUCUCUUCAGCCGUCGAAAAUGUCGAAGCGAGUUUCCGACUAGGACGCGGAAGAUCAGCUGUAAACAAGUUUAGGAUGUCACUGGGUUUACCGGUGGCAGUCACCGUGAACUGUGCCGAUAACACUGGUGCUAAAAACGUCUACAUCAUAUCGGUGAAAGGAAUCAAGGGCCGCCUUAACCGCUUGCCAUCAGCCUGUGUUGGAGACAUGGUGAUGGGUACUGUCAAGAAAGGGAAGCCUGAUCUGAGGAAGAAGGUGUUGCCUGCCGUCAUCGUGAGGCAGCGCAAGCCCUGGCGCCGAAAGGAUGGUGUUUACAUGUACUUUGAAUAUAAUGCCGGUGUCAUUGUGAAUCCAAAGGGAGAAACUGGUCCGAUCGGAAAGGAGAGUGCUGAUUUAUGGCCAAGGAUUGUAAGUGCAGCCAAUGCCGUUGUAUAGAGAUUUUGCUUCUCCGAAUUACAUAGUUUGAAAUCUAGUUGAAUUCGAACCGAAUUUGGAUAACUUGUUACCUUAAUCGAUGAAGAAUUUGUUUGA